CUCUCUCUCUCUCUCUCUCUCUCUCUUGCUCUCUCUCUCGCGCGCGCUCUCUCUCCACGCUCUGCUCCCACUUGCUCUCUCCCCCGACCCCCUUUCCCUUUCCCCUCCUGGCGGAACGCCCCCCCCCAAUCUUCCACCUCCCCCCCUCCUCCAACAAAACCAAUAGAAAACCAAACAAAAAACCAAGCUGAGCCAAGGGGGAAAGCAACCAACCAAACAAACACACCGGGCCCGACCAGCCAGCGAGCAAACUUUGCAGAAACAAAACAAAAACAAAAGCAAAAACAAAAACAAAAACAAAAAAACAAGGAAAAACUAAGCGACCUCCAACCCGGCAGCCCCCCGCGCCGAGCCGGGGCGCCCUCCCGCGCCCUCCCGCACCCGCGCGCACACAAAAGGCGGCGCGCCGGAGCCCCAGGACCCGGAGCCGCCGCUGCCGCCGCCACCGCCGCCGCCGCCGCCCGCAGUCCGGGGAGCAGGAAGUUCGGACGCGGCCCCUUCUAGAUAUGGCAAUGGUAGUUAGCACGUGGCGCGACCCCCAGGACGAGGUGCCCGGCUCCCAGGGAAGCCAGGCUUCGCAGGCGCCGCCCGUGCCCGGCCCGCCGCCCGGCGCCCCGCACACGCCGCAGACGCCCGGCCAGGGGGGCCCGGCCAGCACGCCCGCACAGACGGCGGCCGGCGGCCAAGGCGGCCCGGGCGGCCCCGGCGGCGACAAGCAGCAGCAGCAGCAGCACAUCGAGUGCGUGGUGUGCGGGGACAAGUCGAGCGGCAAACACUACGGGCAGUUCACGUGCGAGGGCUGCAAGAGCUUCUUCAAGCGUAGCGUCAGGAGGAACCUUAGCUACACGUGCCGCGCUAACCGGAACUGUCCUAUCGACCAGCACCACCGCAACCAGUGCCAGUACUGCCGCCUCAAAAAGUGCCUCAAAGUGGGCAUGAGACGGGAAGCGGUGCAGAGGGGCCGGAUGCCGCCCACCCAACCGACCCACGGGCAGUUUGCGCUGACCAACGGGGAUCCCCUCAAUUGCCACUCGUACCUGUCGGGAUAUAUUUCUCUGCUGCUGCGCGCCGAGCCCUACCCCACGUCGCGUUUCGGCAGCCAGUGCAUGCAACCCAACAACAUCAUGGGCAUCGAGAACAUUUGCGAACUGGCCGCGCGGAUGCUCUUCAGCGCCGUCGAGUGGGCCCGCAACAUCCCCUUCUUCCCCGACCUGCAGAUCACCGACCAGGUGGCCCUGCUGCGCCUCACCUGGAGCGAGCUCUUCGUACUGAACGCGGCGCAGUGCUCCAUGCCCCUCCACGUGGCCCCGCUCUUGGCCGCAGCGGGCCUCCACGCCUCGCCCAUGUCGGCCGACCGCGUGGUGGCCUUUAUGGACCACAUACGGAUCUUCCAAGAGCAAGUGGAGAAGCUCAAGGCACUGCAUGUCGACUCGGCCGAGUACAGCUGCCUCAAGGCCAUAGUCCUGUUCACAUCAGAUGCCUGUGGUCUGUCUGAUGUAGCGCAUGUGGAAAGCUUGCAGGAAAAAUCCCAGUGUGCUUUGGAAGAGUACGUUAGAAGCCAGUACCCCAACCAGCCAACGCGAUUCGGGAAGCUUUUACUUCGUCUUCCUUCUCUUCGCACGGUCUCUUCCUCAGUCAUAGAGCAAUUGUUUUUCGUCCGUUUGGUAGGUAAAACCCCCAUCGAAACCCUCAUCCGAGAUAUGCUUCUAUCUGGCAGCAGUUUUAACUGGCCGUAUAUGGCAAUCCAAUAAAUCAAUCAAUCAAAAUAAGAAGGGGGAGUGAAACAGAGAAAGCAAAGGCAAAAAAGACUGGUUUGUUUGCUUAAAUUCCUUCUGUUAAGGAUAUAAAAGGAUGUUACAAGUUUGCUAAAAAGAAGAGGGGGAAGAAUUUAAUGGACUGUGAAUUUCAAAAAAAAAAAAGACUGUCAAAUGAACUUUUACAGAAUGCAUUUAAAAAAAAAACCUGUAUUGGUCAGAACAACUUGCUACUUAUCAUUUUUGUAUAAAAAGAAAAUUAGUCUUUUUCUUUUUUUGGUAAAUUUUUGAAAAAUAUUGCUAAAAGUGCAUUUAAGGAGAUUGGGAGAAAAUUAGCAGAAUGGAGAAAGUAAGUCUCUUUUUUUUUUCCAAAUUAUUAAUUGUCCUGUGUCUAUGUAUCUCUAGCUGUUUUUUUUUUUGUAUUUUUCUGGUUCCAAACCAGUUUAUUCUGUGGUUCUAUAAUAAGUUUUGAUAUAAUCUUGGCUUCUUAAAAAAAAAAAACUGUGUAUCCUUAAAAUAUAUGUUCUGCAAGAAUUAAAACUGAGUCCAUGAAAAUAUCAUAGGAAGGCAUAAAACUUUAAAAAGCAACUCAAAGAUGGUAGAGACGCACUUGGUGACCAAAAUUUUUAGGUGAAGUUGAGCACUCUUAAUUAAAUGAAGGAACCACAUACACCACCUAACCUUCCCCUGCCCCUCCCCCCAAAAGGCACCAUGACAAACUUAGCUUUUGAAAAAUAUUUUAAGAAAGAGAAUGAACUGUGGAAUUUAUUGGCAGCCAAGGAAAUGUGUCCAAGACACAAGCAGAGGUUUUGAAUAAAAAGUGAACUUUUGUAAUUUGAAUCGGGUCCCCGCUUAGUUCUUGAAUUGUUAUGAAAAUCCUCUAUCUGUUUGUAUAUUUGCAAACCCUUUGUAUUAUAAUUGUUGAUAUUUUUCCCUUUUUAAAAAAAACCAUUGAAAUCAGCAUGACAAAAUAACGCUGUUGGCACUUAAUAGGUGACGUGAUUGAUUCAGUAUCUUAGAGUUUACAGUUUGUGUUUUAAAAAAAAACUGAAGGUUUUUUUUUUUUAAGUGCAACAUUUCUGUAUACUGUAAAAGUUAUAAUAACUGAAGUGUUUGGUCGAGUCUUUGUCUGUUAUAUUCCAAGGAAAAUUGAAAGUAUUCAGAAAUUAAAAUAUUAUUUGAUAUCUGAAACAUG